AUUGGCUGCCCGGAGGCGCCCCGGGAAUAAAGCCCCGGACCAAAGCCCCAGAUCCGUAGCCCCUGGGACAAUUCUGGAGACAUUCUACCUGUCCGUCUACCCUCCAUCUCUCUGAGGACUCUCUACCCAGCCUUUCCAUCUAGACCGUCUCCAGGCCAUCCCUUCCCGGUCUGCUCCCUCCGUCCCGGCCGCCCAGCUCCACCACCUUGGGCAGCAAUGACGUCUGGAGAGCCCCUGCACGUCAAGACCCCCAUCCGUGACAGCAUGUCCCUGUCCAAAGUGGCAGGCACCAGUGUCUACCUCAAGAUGGACAGUGCCCAACCUUCGGGCUCCUUCAAGAUCCGCGGCAUUGGACACCUGUGCAAGAAUUGGGCUGAGCAAGGCUGUGAACAUUUCGUCUGCUCCUCGGCGGGCAAUGCGGGCAUGGCAGCCGCCUACGCUGCCAGGAAGCUGGGGAUCCCCGCCACCAUCGUGGUGCCCAGCACCACACCUGCCCUCACCAUCGAGCGGCUCAAGAAUGAGGGUGCCAUAGUCAAGGUGGUAGGUGAGAUGUUGGACGAGGCCUUCGAGCUGGCCAAGGCCCUGGCAAAGAACAACCCAGGCUGGGUCUACAUUCCUCCCUUUGAUGACCCCCUCAUCUGGGAAGGCCACACUUCCAUCGUGAGGGAGCUGAAGGAGACACUGAGCGCCAAGCCAGGGGCCAUCGCGCUGUCGGUGGGUGGCGGGGGCCUGCUGUGCGGAGUGGUCCAGGGGCUGCAGGAGGUGGGCUGGGGGGACGUGCCUAUCAUCGCCAUGGAGACCGUCGGAGCCCACAGCUUCCACGCUGCCACCACUGCCGGCAAGCUCGUCUCCCUGCCCCAGGUUACCAGUGUGGCCAAGGCCCUGUGCGUGAAGACCGUGGGGGCUCAGGCCCUGAAGCUAUUUCAGGAACACCCCAUCUUCUCUGAAGUCAUCUCGGACCAGGAGGCUGUGGCCGCCAUUGAGAAGUUCGUGGAUGAUGAGAAGAUCCUGGUGGAGCCCGCCUGUGGGGCAGCCCUGGCUGCCGUGUACAGCCGCGUGAUUCAGAAGCUGCAAGGAGAAGGCAAGCUCCGGGCCCCGCUGUCCUCCGUCGUGGUCAUUGUCUGUGGCGGCAGCAACAUCAGUCUGGGCCAGCUGCAGGCCCUCAAGGAACAGCUAGGCAUGAAGAACGGGCUGCCCAAGUGA